AGAUUUUACAAAAGCAAAGAUUUGUGCUGACCAAACUGCCUGUUAUCGUGCACGAUUAAAUGUUGAUUUAGAAAUAGUAUAUUUUUUAGUGCUGACGGUGCGGAUUUGAUACGUGCUGCGGUCCCUCGCUCUUUCCUACCCAUGGAAGAAUUAUUAGCAGCACUGGUUCGAAUUUAACAGAUCCAUGACCCUCGAUGCAGUAUUCUGACAACCAGCACCCAGACGUAGCAGUCAAAAUUGCUGAUGACGAUAGUCAUAUCCCCGUCUCCCCGAUCACACAGAGCGUUCUAAACAAACCAGGUGAUAGUCUAAGGCAGCCUGCAAGAUGCCAGAACAGAGCAACGAUUACAGGGUUGUAGUAUUUGGAGCGGGGGGCGUGGGGAAGAGCUCGCUGGUCCUGAGGUUUGUCAAAGGGACCUUCCGUGAGAGCUACAUCCCCACCAUUGAAGACACUUAUCGCCAGGUCAUCAGCUGCGACAAGAGCAUCUGCACUUUACAGAUCACGGACACCACGGGAAGUCACCAGUUCCCGGCCAUGCAGCGGCUCUCGAUCUCCAAAGGACAUGCCUUCAUCCUCGUGUACUCCAUCACUAGCAAACAGUCUCUGGAAGAGCUGAAGCCCAUCUACGAGCAAGUGUGUCAGAUCAAGGGGGACGUGGAGAGCAUCCCUAUCAUGCUGGUGGGCAACAAGUGCGAUGACAGCUUGAGGGAGGUGCAGGCCAGCGAUGGCGAAUCCCAAGCCAAGCGUUGGAAGUGCGGCUUCAUGGAAACCUCGGCCAAGACCAAUCACAAUGUCAAGGAACUCUUUCAGGAACUGCUGAAUCUGGAGAAGCGCAGGGCAGUGAGCCUACAGAUCGACGGCAAGAAAUCCAAGCAGCAAAAGAGGACAGAGAAACUCAAGGGGAAGUGUGUCGUUAUGUGAACUGCCUCAACCCAAUAACAACAAAAGACAUACAUUACCUUCUGGACACCGAACUGAGCAGAUUCACAAAAAGGGGUCGGCUCGGAGGAAAGUGACCCUGUCGCAACCGCGUGGGUUUAUCUCGAAAAGGAAACAUGCAGUUUUUAAAAUUUCUUUUAAACCGAAAUUAAGUUUCAAAAUAAAGUCCAAUUUCUGAACUGUCACUUUGCUAUGAUGGACGAGGUGUGCAUUCAUAAAUGAUCUGAAUGCAGCACGGAUAUUUAUAUUCCAGAACGAAGCAGCUAGUAAAAGCACAUUCAUUUUGAAGUAUUCGGUCGUGGAUUUUUUUUAAAAUUUAUUAAAGCAUAUGGACAUAUUCACAACAAAUAGCACCUUAUUAGCGCGAGCAGAUGAACAUUAGGCCUUUUUUCGAAGUAAACGAGGGAAAUAGUUUCAAUCAAUAUGGUUAAAUGUCAUAAUAAUGGACUGUUGAUUUAAGCUAUUUCUACAAUAAAUACAUUUGAACUUGCAUGAUGCUUUACAUUUAAAAACAGUCUGAAGUCAAUGCAGAAAGUUCAAUCCUGGUGAGUUUCUCACAACAGCAACACUUUUCCUUGUUUCUGCAACCCCCCACCCCGCCAAAGGCAAGAGAGGGGAUUAUGGGAAAAUCAAACAAUGAUAUAGUACAUGAUCUUGCGCAUCUUCAUUCAUUUAGCAUAGCAUCAAUUAAUCAAGAAAUAAUUACACUGUAUUCUCUUUUAUUUAUUUAAUAUAUAUAGAGAGAGAAGGUUUGUAUAACUGUAGAUCACUUUUCGCUCUCAGUACACGAGAAAGGAAUUAACAGGGAGAAACUUUCAGACUAAAAAGCAAAAACAACAAAAGAAUUCGGUCUAAUGUUAUUCCUCAUUUGAAGGAAGUCCACAGAAGCUGAAAUAUAUUCAACUAAAGUAUUGAUCCCAAGGACGGAAAGGAUAGCUAAUUUGUACAGAUUAAUUCUUCCAAACACUCCACAUCGAAAUGUACUCUUUGUUUUGUGGAGCAACUUGCUAUAAUAUGAACAUAAAGCAAUUGUAUUUAUUCUUUUUCCGAAGCAUCGAAGUAUAUUUCAUUAUUGUUAUUUAAAUGCCUGUACAUAGUCAUCUGUGCCUACACUUUCUAUAUUUUACAGUCCUACGCUGUACACUUCAA